CUGGUCAUAGACGCUACUCGGAUGCACGUGGGCUUGCUGAGCAUGUCAAGCGUUCCGAGUAAGGAGAGAGCUUGUGAGAGCUUAAGACGCUGGUGUUAGCACGCUGGUGUCAAGCCAGAAAAAUGGAGCUAACGAGAAUGAACGGAGACCCCGAUGUGGGCGAAGACUUCGGCCUGCAGCAAGAGAUUGCGCGGUCUGCGUUCGCCGACAUGCUCCACGAUCACGAAAGGAACAACAAAUACCAUGCAGCCUUGUGCGAAGCCAUUGACGAAAUGCACAGUUCAGGAAACAUCGCAGUCGUUCUCGACAUCGGCACAGGCUCGGGGCUUUUGGCCAUGAUAGCCGCCAAGCACGGCGCCGACGUUGUGUACGCCUGCGAGGCAUUCGAGCCGGUAGCAAAGUGUGCGGAGCAGGUUAUAGAAGACAACAAGCUCCAAGACAGUAUACAACUCAUUCCAAAAAGAUCCACAGAGAUACACGUUGGAUUUGACCAGGACAUGACUGAACGCGCCAAUAUUAUUGUGGCGGAGGUCUUUGACACUGAGCUAAUUGGAGAAGGUGCACUUGAAAUCUUCAGAGAUGCACUUAGACGACUUGCAACGUGGGACUGCAUCAUCGUCCCUCAUGCUGCUACCAUGUAUGCUCAGGUUGUGGAGUCGCCGUUUUUGAGAAGUUUUCACAUCCCAAAUGUUAUUCAAGUGACACCUGAUAUUAAAAUCAAGGUGCCUGGAUUAGUGCGAACAUGCCCUGGUAGCCCUGCUGUUUUGGACAUUCAACUGAGCCAGCUACAGUGCAGCGACUUCGUGUGUGUCACAGACCGGGUACCUGUAUGGAGGUACGUUUUUUCUGAAAUUGAUACAUUGAAAGAGUCGGAAAUUUCGCGAGACUGUCUAAUUUCAAGGAAGAAGGCUACCUGCCAUGCUGUGGUGAUGUGGUGGGAACUAGAGAUGGACAGAAAAAAUAGCAUUCGCUUGUCUACAGCACCAUACUGGGCUCAUCCUUCUGGCAAAGAACAACCAUGGCGGGACCAUUGGAUGCAGGCAGUCUACUUUCCACCCUAUGAAUUGAAAGUUUCUGUUGAUGAGAAAAUUUCUCUUGUUGUUCGGAGAGAGGGCUACAACAUUUGUGCUCUUGUUUCUAUAAGCAAGAAUCCAAAGAUACCUGAAGUACCUGCUUGCAAAUGCGGUCUACAUAUGAAUGCCAGCCAUUCCAGAAUCGGCGCUCUUUCAGAUCGAUCUCGUCAUGAGAAGUUUGCUGCCGCACUCGGAAAGGUUAUCAAAGAAGAGACUGUAUGCUUGUGCAUUGGAAGUGACAUAAUGCUUCCACUCAUGGCUUCCAAGCUUGGAGCACAAGUUUAUGUUGUCAUAGAGGACAACUAUGCUUAUGUUUUGCUUGAGGAAUACACUAGGCAAAAUAGGGUGAACACUAUUACUGUAAUAAAAAAAGAUGCUCUGUACCUUUCUGAAAAGGAACCCAAGAAAAAGGCAUCUGUGCUUCUUGGUGAGCCCCACUUUAGUACAACCAUUCUACCUUGGGACAACUUGAAAUUCUGGUUCCGAAAACAUUCCCUGCAACACCUCUUGUGCACUCCAAGUGAGCUCGUAACCAUUCCUCAAGGCUUUUCCUUGAAGGCGGUGGGUGUCAACUUCAAAGACCUUUGGAAAAUAAAAGCUCCUGUGCAUGCAGUUGAAGGCUUCGAUUUGAGCUCAUUUGACAAGCUGAUUCAGAAUGCUCAGUCAAUAACCGAUGAUCCUGUGGAGCCGCAGCCACUGUGGGAGUAUCCAUGCAAAGCUGUCACACAAGAGUUUGUAAUCAUCCAGAUUGACAUGAGGAAUGACCCUGAAGCAACGGGCACUAUAUCAUGUGAUGGAGAGGUGCCUUUUGAAAGCAAUGAAGAUGAAUGCAACGGAGUUGCGCUGUGGGCCGACUUUGUACUGGACGACUCAAACACCAUUACAUUUGGUCCUGCAAAAGCUAUUGUGCCUGGACAUGAAAUAGUUUGGGACCGCUUUUCUCGUCAAGGAGUGUAUUUUUUGAACUGCACCAAGCUAAAGCCUAAAGUUCUCAAGUGGAGCUUCAAGUUCGAUGUUUCAAAGGACUUAACGAACUUCGAUGUUUCAAGGGACUUAAUGAACUUCAACUUUGAUGUGCAGUGAAUUUACAUGUGCACUGACCAGUUGACUGUUUUUGUGGCUAUGGUAUCUUGCCUGCCAUGGUGUGAAUUUCGUUUUAUUUUUUUGAACAGCAAGUUGGACACUGCUAAUAUUUUCAGCAAGGUGCACUGUUUUCGCUUUGGACAAAUUGACUGUGUCAGGUCUGAAGUGUCUUAAGUUAUUUUCAAUAAUAAAAGUCUCCCAUCUCUGUG